CACGCGAGUUGCAUGUCUUGAAUUAACAGCUGGUGACUAAUUGUUACUUCAAUAAACUUUAUACAUUUUAUCAAUUGAAAAUUCAAAUUGAAAUCGAUGAAAUUCAAUUUUAGAAGUUCAUUAGCUGUAGUAUGUGAUUUUAAUCUUCCUGUCAACACAAAAAUUUGGAAUCUUUUGUCCUCCGGGACAACUUCUAAGUCCAGUUUCAAGGGCUAUAAUUGUUUUAGAUUUUACAAUCAAGUGUUCAAACAAAAUUAUUCAUCGUAUCAAACUAGUAUGGAGGAAGCCAGUGAUACUCUUCGAGUAAACACGGAUGUCAAGAGAAAACUAGAAGAUGAAAAUAAUCAGUCAGUGGAAGAAAAAAAGACCAAAACUGAAAUUUCCUCAACUCCUGAUGCCGUGAAAAUUAAACCCAAAAAAUUUGCAAUUCUUCUCAGUUAUUGUGGUGUCAAUUAUUAUGGUCUUCAAAGAAAUGCUCAAGUUAAAACUAUUGAAGGCGAUUUGUUUGACGCCUUUUUAAAGUUAAAUUUAAUCAAACAAGAACAUUAUGAUCGACCACAAGAAUUUUUCUUCCAAAGAGCGGCCAGAACCGAUAAAGGAGUUUCAGCAAUUAAACAAAUUUUAUCUUGUCGUAUGCCAGAAUGGUUUCCAGAAAAGAUUACAGAAAUAAAUUCUCUUUUACCUCCACAAAUUCGAGUUAUAGCUGUAAAAAAAACAACCCGACAUUUUGAUUGCAAAAAUUAUUGCGAUGGACGAACUUAUGCAUAUAUGAUGCCUUCAUUUGCCUUAGCACCACCAGAUGAAACAGUUAAUCUCAGUUAUCGAGUUAAACCUGAUUAUAUAGAUCGCUUUAACCAAAUUCUUGGCAAAUACGUAGGAACUCACAAUUUUUUUAACUUUACAUCUCAAAAAAAUUCUGUUGAUCCAAGUGCUAUGAGGUACAUUAUCAAAAUGGAAUGUGGUCAACCAUUCAUCCGAAAAGAUCUUGAAUUCGUCAUGAUUCGAGUAAGGGGACAAAGUUUCAUGAUGCAUCAAAUUCGUAAAAUGAUCGGACUUGCCAUUGGUAUAAUGCGUGGGUAUGCAACGGAAGAAGUAAUUUCUAAAGCUUUUAAGUUAGAGCGAUUGGAUAUACCUAAAGCGCCCGGACUAGGAUUAAUGUUGGAAGAAGUUCACUAUGAUAAAUAUAAUAAGAGAUACAGCGGUGAUGGAAUCCACGAAGCACUUACUUGGGAUGAAUAUAAUGAUGUUAUUCAAUCAUUUGUUGAAGAAUUCAUACAUCCAGUAAUAAUUGAUUCUGAAAUAAAUGAAUUAAGUAUGAUGAAAUGGUUACAACUACUUCCAGUUCACACCUUCACAGUUAGAGAACCCGGUGCUCCUGCUCCAAUAGAAAAUGAUUUUUUACUUGAUACAAACGACCCUAAGAUCGAAGCAACGUAUACAGCUGCAGCAAUUAAAGCGGGCGUGCUGGAUAAAAAAGGAAACACUGGCCAGUUAAAAGAAACCAAUGACACCAAAGAAGUGGAUGGCUAAUUUAGUGCUUGCAGCAGAAAUAUCGCAUUUUAUCAUCUCAUUAAACCGAUAUAUUCUUUGUUUGAAAACUUGAUAAAAUUUUAAGAACAUUCAUUUUCAAAGUUUCGGAAACAGAAAUUUAUGUUGAGGAACAUGCUGUGGAACAAAACAUCUGAAAUGUAAAUUAUUCUAUCAAGUUUUAAUUUGUUAAUUUAUUUUUCUUGUAUGCUGACGAUAACGUUGAAAUUUCAACUCACAUCAAAGUUUCUAAUUCAGAAAGAAGGAAGACUCAAUGUCAUAAUGAGAAAAACAAUAAUAAAAACGAAAUAAUGUAACUGUGUAACAUUGAA